AUGAGCCUCAAUCGGCAGGAUUCGGCACACGGAGAUAAGCUGGGAAGGGAUGGCGAAAAACUUCAAGAGUCUUCGCAUCCACCGACUCUAGCAAGUGAAUAUGCGACAAAGCCUGUCACAUUACCCUUCCUGCAAAGGAUGAAACUCUAUCUUUCCGAGCCUGUCGUUGCCGCUUUCAUUGCUGGCGGCGUGGCCGGCGCCGUCUCGAGAACAAUCGUUUCACCCCUCGAGAGGCUGAAAAUCCUCCUUCAAAUUCAGAGCGUUGGCAGAGAAGAAUACAGACUGUCGAUAUGGAAGGCAUUGGCCAAGAUGCGGAAGGAGGAAGGAUGGAGAGGUUUCAUGCGCGGGAAUGGAACCAAUUGUAUCCGAAUCAUUCCAUACUCGGCAGUGCAAUUUGGAAGCUACAAUUUCUACAAAAAGUUUAUAGAAGCAACACCGGGAGCUGAUCUGAAUCCUAUACAACGACUAUAUUGCGGAGCACUUGCCGGAAUCACCUCCGUCACAUUCACCUACCCUCUCGAUAUUGUUCGUACCAGACUUUCGAUACAGUCUGCCUCCUUUGCGGACUUGGGCCAACGAAAGGCCGGCGAAAAGUUGCCCGGUAUGUUUGAAACUAUGGUCAUGAUGUACAGAAAUGAAGGCGGCAUGCUUGCGCUUUACCGGGGUAUUGUCCCGACGGUAGCCGGUGUGGCACCAUAUGUUGGAUUGAACUUCAUGGUAUACGAGUCCGUCCGUGUUUACCUCACGCCUCCGGGAGAAAAGAACCCCAGCUCAGCACGAAAACUCCUUGCCGGAGCUAUCUCUGGGGCAGUCGCUCAAACAUGCACCUAUCCUUUUGAUGUCCUCCGUCGCAGAUUCCAAAUCAAUACCAUGACUGGCAUGGGCUACCAAUAUAAAUCCAUCUGGGACGCCGUUAGGGUCAUCGUAAGUCAAGAAGGUAUUCAGGGUCUUUACAAAGGCAUCGUUCCCAACUUAUUAAAAGUUGCACCAAGCAUGGCUAGCAGUUGGCUUAGCUUUGAGAUCACACGUGAUCUUCUCGUCGGCAUGCGGGAAGAGUAG